GGAAAGAACUCCACUCAAGACUAAACCAAGAUGACUUCACUCAGAAUCUCUCUGGUAAUUUCAUGUAUCAGUGUGGUGUUAUGCCUCAGCGCGAGGAGCCACAGAUUUCCACGAUCUGAUUGUGGAGCAUGUCUUCUGGCGGAAUCACAGGGAGCCCAAAGGAGAACCCCCAAAAAUCCUGCCGAGCAAUUUUCGACUUCCCUGACCGGACAAUCGGUUCGUUAUCCAUUCUUCCACCCAACGCAAUACUCCAAGAGACAUUCAGACUCGUUCACUCCAUCCUCCCAAUCCCACUAUGUCUCGCUACGAGCAAAGAGAAGUUUAAACUCCGAGAAAGGCAAUGAGAAGAAUGUCAUGGUGGUGCCAAUCGAGAGCUUGGCCAAUGCAGCGAAGAUCCCCCAGUCUCAGUCGGAGUCGAAGACUCAUCUGUCUGAUAAGCGGCUCGAGGAGAUCGUGACGAGGGCGAUUUUGUCUGCACGAAAUCAAGUGCAAGCGCAGUCCACUGUGUACUGGCAUGGAUCACCCCAGCAUUCAUUUCAUGACAUGAGUUUGGGAAAUGAGGACUUGACCAAUGCUGAAUACAUUUAUGAAGAUUUGGAAGAGGCUUACCCCAUGCCUCCCAACAUGACAAUAACCCAACCAGGACAGAAAGAGACAUUUACUCCAGUGGGUUCAGUGGUACCAGCGAGAGACUCUUUCGUCAGUUAUGGAACUGUCGGAAAAAUUAUCAAGGAAAAUCAGGGGAUGGCGGACUCUGGAAAGUUUAACGCUGCGAAGGGGGUUGGAAACGGUGGAGUGACGUACGAGAGAAUGGGCACUCAAGGACCACAGCACACGCUGCAAGCACCACCUUAUGAAGCUUAUGUUGGAGAAGCUGCAGAAACGGCGAUACCCGCACCAUAGAAUAAAAUUAAGAAACAUGGCAUGUAAUUUUUUUUAUAAAUGAAUUAAAAAUAAUAUUUGAGAAGUGUA